AUGCCGUCCGCCUCUGCCCGCCCGUCUCGUUCGACCAAGGCCAAGGCCGCGCCCACCGUCGGCGCCGGCGCUCUCGUCACCAAAGCGCGCGUCUUCACGCCCGACGCCAAGCUCGUCGCCGAGUUCCGCGACGAGGCCAAGAGCAUGAUGGCGCGCCUGCCGCCGCUGCGCCCCGAGAGCAAGCUCGACCGCCGCACGGCCGAGGUGCACGUCCUGACGACUGUCGAGCGCCGCACGUCGGGCGGCCUGCAGGAGUCGCUCCAGUUCUGUGCGGCGGUCGACGCGAGCGGCAACGAGGAGAGCUGGAUCGAGCGCACCGAGGGCGAGCGCCGCCUGUUCCCGCGCGUCCUCCAGGUCAAGAAGCGCCUGCGCAACGACGACGAGUACGCCCUCGCCGGUGCGGCCGCUCCAGCUGCCGAGGACGAGGACGGCGACGACGUCGACGAGCAGGUGGCGCCGCGCAAGGUCAGCAAGAAGGCCGCCGCCGGGACCGCCUCGUCGUCGUCGCGCAAGGCGCCCUCGGCGCCCAAGAAGCACCGCCGCGCUCCGCCCGCCAACGCCGAUGCCGACGACCACGACGACGACGGCGCCGUCACCGAGACCGAGGCGCUGCGCCGAGCGCGGCACGACAAGCGCCGCAGCAGCGCGCGCCUGUCCGAGGCUCGCCGCGGCGAGAGCCUCGCGAGCAGCGUCGGGUCGGUCAAGCGCGAGCACGACGCCAACGACGACCUCGCGAGCCUGUGCGGCCGGGUCGACGGGCUCGAGUUCCGCGCGACGGUCGAGCCGGAUAUCGAACCUGCGCAGCCCGUCGCCUCGUCGUCGCGCACGCGCCACUAGCAGGGCAUUACCGGCAGCGUCGCCCGUCGGCGCUCGAUCCGCCUCGUCCUCCUCCCUCUUCCUCGUCCUCGCCUUUCUUGUUCCCCUCAGCACACCUUUUCUCUUCUCCUCCUUCACGUCGUGACGUCCCUGUUGUGCUCUCACACGCCGGCUUUGUAUCGCUGCACGUUCUCUCCCUAUC